GUUUUUGGUGUGGACCGAGCUCCGAAGGCUGCAAUGCUUAAGAUGCCAAAGUUUGGUGGACAUGUGGCACGAUUUACGGAGCUCAUUGAUCAGAUUACCUCCAUGGUGGGUUAUACGGAAAAUCUAUCGGGAGCCUGGCAAUUAGUGCGAAAAACCGGAAGAAUUCAUGUCAAGCAGGGAUUUCUCGAGCAGAACCAGAAUCAGCUUGAGAAGAAUUAUUUUGAACUCGUUAUGAACAUAUUCAUAGAGCGUUUUAUUCCGUUUCUAACAGGAGAGCAGGUAGGUGGAUGCAAUAUCGUUGCAGUUAUGAAGGAGAAGGGUAAAAUUCGCAAUUUAGACGUUGCCAGCUCCAGAUGGCGAAAAGAAGAGAGUGCG